CGGGGAAUGGCCAGCUGUAAUUUGUAAAUGAGGUCAAUAGUCGAUGUCAGUGUCUACCGUUAGCUGCGUCACAGCAGUCGGUGACGUCCCAGCCACCUUCCAUGGUUAAAGUUCACCUCCAUUCGCUCGUCUCGACAGCUAUUGACUUUUUAUCACUCCGUGCUCAUGCCUAUGACGCAAGAAGGGGUCAAUUUCUCGUUGCUUUUUAUGAGACUCGGCCUAUGCUCACAUUUUUCAUCCCAUCCGCUCAUCACCUCACUUGCCAUCUCAGCCUACCCAACACUUCACCAGCACCUCCUAGUGCCUAUUUCGACAUGUUCCCAUAUACACCAAUAUUGUUUGCUCUUCCAUCUCCAGUACUCCAAUAUUCGGGACCUGCUCCAUUAGCACAACCAUCUGCACAAAUACAAGGUCCUCAAUAUCUCUCGUCUCAAGCAUUUUGCAAGGAGCACCCUCUUCCAUCUCAACAGCAGCGGCUCCCAGUGUUGUUUCAGCUUCGGAUCGCAGUACCACAAGAUCACAUUCAUUUGAAGGUAUCAUGGGACAUAGGAGAAGCAGGUCUCUCAACGACAGAAGUGCCAGUAAUUAUUGGGAGCGGCAUGGGGUGUACAGUGUUUGAUCUAUGGACCAGCACCUCGCUCCACAGCAGGGAUAUACUGGGGACCAACAACAACAGGGAGACGUGGAGCAGACGUGGACUGGGAGGAGCAAUGAGCUGGGAAGUCAGCGUGCCAAUACAUACGAACUCUGUAGACGUCAAGUAUGUACUCAACCACACGUUCAAAGACUUCGGUACCGCACCCGUCCUCGGACACCUGCCAAAGAAAAAGGGAGAUACCAGUCGAAUCUUUAUAUUCGUUUAA